AUGGCUCUAUAUACAUCUGUGCGUCAGAGACACAGGAAGAACAAGAUAGGCCACAGGGUCACACCUGGUAGCUGCCGGGGCCUGACGGGAACUCACAACAAAGACGACUAUUCAGAUAAACUGUGGCAAUGGGGAAACUGUUUAAAAAAACUUGUUUCAUCUCUUUUGCUGGAUGUGACCUUUCAAUCCAAAGGUAAAGACAACUCCUUUACAGACUGGAAUAUAGGAACAUUACUGGUGGUAAAUCCCAGAACAUUUAGAGGAGAAAUUAUCCAGUUAAAGUCUGUCACUCUCCCUAAUGCCACCCAACAGACACAGACACAACAAGCACCCCAUUCUUCUCCCCUCCUCAGCCCCUCUGCCCUUACCCCUCCGGCGCUGCGGUUGCUAAGCAAUGACACAGCGGCGUAUCUUGCCGGCCCUCUGAGCACAUGGGUCAUACCCUGCGUUUACAUGCUGGCCGUUGUCGUAGGGAUCCCGGCCAACAUUGCCAUCUUGUCUGCCGGGGCCACUAAAGUCAGGACAGUGUCGUCAACCAUCCUUUACUGCAGCCUGGCCAUCUCCGACCUCUUCCUCCUCCUCUCUCUCAUCGUCAAGGCCCACUACCAUCUCCACGGCAACCACUGGAUGUUCUGCGAGACUGCCUGCCGUGUUGUCACAGCCUGUUUCUAUGGCAACCUCUACUGCUCGUCCCACACGCUAGCCUGCCUUAGCAUCAAGCGCUACCUGGCUGUGGUGCACCCCUUCCUCUACAAGAGCCUUCCCAAGAGGGCGUGCACCGUUUGGGCCAGUUUGGCUGUGUGGGGGGUGUUUGGGGCUGCCAUCAUACCUAAACUACUGGUCCGUCAGAGCUACCGCCUACCCCAGCUCGGCUUCACCACCUGCCAGGAUGUACUCCCCCGGGACUACAGCUCCCAUGCUCCUCUGCUCUACUACAAUAUGGGUGUGACAAUCCUGGGUCUAUUAUUCACCCUGGUGGUCAUGGCUGUGUGUUACACACGGAUCGUCCGAGGACUCAACCACUCGCACCACGACUGGACACUGUAUGUCAAGGCAAGCUCACUGGUGUUUGUGAUCUUCGUGGCAUGUUUCGGCCCCGUCGCAACCUUCCACUUCCUGCAUUACGUACGCCUGUUGGAAGGCGGAGAGGAGAGCUUCUAUGGCUACUUCAAGGUAGCAGUGUGUCUGUGCUGCCUGCAUGCCUGCCUGGACCCGUUCCUCUUCCUCCUCAUGUCUAAAUCAGAUGGAUCUAAACUCUACUUCAUGACCCUCAAGGGGAAGACACUGAACAUCUCCACCUGA